UGAUUGGAAACCUCGACCACCGAGAGUAGAAAAAGAAAUUAGGAUUAGGUUAGGAAAGCAUCAAUAUAAUUACUUCACUGUUAAUUUGUUAGAUAUAACUUUAUAAGUUUUUCAUGACAUUAUGAACUUUGUGUUAUUAUUCUUUUCUUUUUUCCUACAGAAUUUGAUAACAGUUCGGUGUGAGCGACAAGACAUAAAUGCGUUGCUGUAUGAGAAGUUUGACAACGCCGCUUCCUGCUUCAGAUUACUCAAUGGCACUCACCAAUUUGGCUGCUCGUCCAGUCUUUCUGGGAGUUUGGGGGUGAUUCACUUCAUUGAGAAUGAGCAUGACAUCGACUGGUUAAUAAACAAUGCCAAAGCAGGACCAUACAUGGCUGUAGUUCCACCCAAAAUUUUCAAUCAAAGAAAUCUGAUGCUAGAACUUCAAAGCUCGAAAGACAUCAGUGGCAUCCUAUUGGCUAUAAAUGGCACCAAUGAUAGGCCGGACUCUUUCUCGCCGGAUGACACCUGUCCGAACAGAUACUCAGGUGAAGGCACCUGCUCAGCUGACUGGAAUCCAGUGGGAACCUCACUGUUGCUCGUCGACUGGGGCAAGCCCAUGUUUGUCGUUAAAGAUCCAGUUGUCAUCGAGAAAAUUCACCAGUGCUUUCUGAAGUUCAAUCAGCCAUUUGAUGAUAGCCAGAUGCAUAAAUCUCUGUGCUCACUGCAAAUGAAGAGUCAUAUGCAUGCAGCUGUGGACACUGCCACCUGUAUACGACGAAGCAACUCUAUCACUUUUGUCUUCAAUCCAUUGAGCUACUGUGAUGGAAUGGGUGACAAGAAUAUCAUCUCCACAUUGGAGCCGAUAAAAAAGCCAGAAAACCGGUCAAUUCUAUUGUUUUCGACCAGACUCGACACUGCCUCCAUGUUUGAUGGCGUAAUGCUUGGUGCAAUGUCGACCAUGACGGGGCUUGUCACCUUUUUGGCAACUGCCAAACUGCUCAGCUCCAUUCUACCUGCUAAUAGCUCCUUAGAACGAAAUGUGAUGUUUGCCAUGUUCAAUGGAGAAAUGUACGACUACAUCGGCAGUGGGAGGACAGUGUAUGAUAUUAUGCAGAAAACAUUUCCAAAGGAGUCGAAUCCCAUUAACUUUGAGCAUAUUGGUCUGAUGGUCGAUGUCAGUCAAAUGAGCAAAUCUCCAAAACUGUUCUGCCACACGAAGCGAAUGAACAAUGACGUUGAUCUGUUGACAAAAGAGUUCUGUAGAAGUUUGGAGAUGGAUGCUGUGAAACCAGUGACCGUUGCUUCUGAAGUUGAUGACGAGCUGCCUCCCUCGUCGGUGCAUCCAUUCCUCAAGAGAGACAAGAACAUUCCUGCCGUCGUGCUGGCCAAUCACGGCAAGGAGUACAUCAACAGGUAUUACAAUGGCCUCAUGGACAAUGCAUCAAACAUAGAAUAUCGUUACUACAAUAGCAGUGCUAUACCUGAGGAAUCGGUGCAAGCUGUAUUGGCGAAAAUUUCCACAUCACUUGCCAAAUCUCUCUACGCAUGGGUGACUCGCAAGAACUAUACUGGACCUGAAGUUGUGAAGCCGGAUAUUAUUGAUGAGCUUCUGUACUGCUACCUGGAAUCUAGGAAUUGUAAAAUAUUCAAACAAUCCGUGGCGCCUGAAGAGAAGCUAACUGCCGACCUGACACCCUUGUAUGUUGGAGUGUACAAGUCUCCAAACACGAUUACCAAGCUCACUGCACUCACGCAUGUCUACUUUACUGGCAGAAACGUCAAUAUCUCCGAAUCACACUGCAAGAGUUCGGAUGAUGACUAUUCGUAUUACUGGAUAAGUGGCCAAUCAGGGAAAGGUGAAUGCAAACAAACAACAGUACAACUUCUGAAAGCACUCAGCCCAGCUUUUGAAAUUGAAGGAUACGAUUGGACAUCUCGAGAAUAUUCAACUUGGUCGGAGUCUGUUUGGCAAGAAAUGAGUCUGAGGAUGUUUCUGAAGCCGUCUCGUCAGCAAGAAAUGGUCACUUUGGUGGUUGGACUUGUCACACUUGUGCUCUCUUUCAUCGUAGUCUACUGGCUAAAAUCUCAAGCUCAUCUGCUCUUCCAAAUUGAAGUGGGAGUCGCCUGCUAGGAAUACGACGCAAAUCAUAUUUCUCUUGCUACAUUCCGUAACAAUGUUGGAGUACAGCUGUAACUGUGCUCUGCGGAAGAAAAAAGAUCUCAACAUAGUUCGUUUUCAAUGAAAUUCACUUGAAUGAAGAAAUAUUACUACGAUUCUCAAUGUUUUGAACAGGUACGAUAUCAAGGCAUCGAUUCUCAAUUGGUUUGAACAUUUUCCAGGUACGAUAUGACAUUUGUUCGGGUAUCCUUAUCAACACUACUAAGGAUAUCACCAUAGAGAAACGAUAGCUAAGUAGAUAUCCCAUGGUAUAGGCGUUUAUGUCGCAAUUUUUACUGUUAUCUCAAGCGAUAGUCCUGUAGUUCUUUCCCUGAAGUUGUGUGACAUGGUCUCUCAUAUUGUGCCGCUCAUACACUCUCACCCCAACAAAACAGUAAAAAUCGACAUUAAUUGGCUUGAGUUAACAGUAAAAGUUGCGACAUAAACGUCCCAUACCAUGGGAUACUACUUACGCUAUUGUUUCUCUAUGAUAUCACGACCAGGUUCAUAGAUACUUGUGAAUGACAUAAAGCCGAAAUUGAAACUACCUAAACUUGUUCUUAUUUCAGAUAUUGAAAGUUGAGAACUAUUGAAUUCAAUAAGUGUGUUGAGUUAAUUUCAGAGAUUGAAAAUUGAGAACUAUAGAAUUUACCCAUUAGCAGGAGAUGUAUGAAUUGCGACCUCGGAAUAAUCUUACAUUUUUUAAUAAUAAUUGUAUGUGUGUUGUGAGGACAUGUGUGCGUGUGUAUUCGAGGUUGAGUGGUAGAGAGGACUUGAAAGUCCUAACUCCGACUAAUAAAGAUUUUUCAUUUCAUUUUUUCAAUCUGAGAUUCUAUGUAACAGACUUAUUAAUGUUAGUAUGUUUCUGCGUGUAUCUAAUUCAAUUUCUCUACUCAUUGACAUUAUUAACUUAUUUGAAAACUUACGGCCAAAUCAAAAUGCAUUCUGAAUUCUAAUUGCCUUGGUCAAGUCUAUAAUAUGAAUAUAAUAUUAUUUGGAAUGGUUUGUACAGUACUUAUAAUUAUUAUAAAGUAUGAAAAUAAAUUCUUAAUAAUAAACUAGUGUCAGUUAAUGUUGUUUUACCAGUAUUGGUGGUUUGUUUUACAAAUCGUCUUACAAUACUGGAACUAUUAAUACUAUUGAUAUUAUUUCUCAUCUAUAACAAAAUGAGAUAAAAUUAAUUUUAAUCGUACUGGGUAACACUGGAUCAAAUUUAAAAACUCUGUCUGAUUCUCUUUUCUUUUCCAAAGAACAAGCUUUGAUUUUCCAAAUUGUUCAGCUCUUCUCAGUCAUGUGUCUUGAUUAAAACCAAUUAUUAGGCUCAACUCACACUUACGCGACUCAGGUCGAGAAGAGACUCGACUCUAGUCGAGAGCAUGUGUUUUCAAGUGGUGACAGUCGCGGAGACUAGAAUCGACUGGUCUGAGUGUCACCAUUGGAAACACAUGCUCUCGACUAGAGUCGAGUCUCUUCUCGAUCUGAGUCACGUAAGUGUGAGUUGAGCCGGGAGUGCUUAUCUUAUUUGAAAAUGGGAGAAUGUUCGUCAGACUUUGACGCUUGUUUGGUUAUAAAUCUAGUGAUUAUUUUGAAGCUUUUAUAAGCGAUUCAAGCUUGAAUUAUAAAUGAGAUGUUGUUGAAUGUUAUACAAAGUAUUCAGCUUACAUUUUUGGUUAUACUACAGUGCAUCUUGCUUUGUAUUACAAUAAAUUACAGUAUUUCCGUUGAAAGUCAAAUCCUUUCCAAUCAGAAGUAACAAAACUUGUAUUGCUAAAAAAUAUGCUUAAUAGCUGUAAUAACACUAAGUGGUUAUAGCUAUGAUUGUUUACGAAUAAGCCUGAAUUCUUGAUUCUAUAGUGAAGAUGGGAAUAAAUCUAUUAUUACAUCUAUAAUUAUCAUUAUCAUUCCUGAUUGUAUAAUAAAAAUGGUAUUAUGCUUUAUAAUACACUACUAUUAGAUGCUAUUAUAUACUUACCCUUUUUAAUAAUUUAUGCCCCUAGUCAAUUUUUAAUUGUCUUGUAGGAUUAUAUUUUCUUCAUGAAAUAUUUUUGUCAAUCAAAUUUGUAAAAUCUUUUAUUACAAGAAUAAUCUUAUUAAUACGAUCAAGUUAUACUGUUAUAGUUUGUGACUUAUCUGAUAAUAAACAUAUUAUUAUAA